AAACAAUCACUUAGUAUUAUAAAUAAAAAUGGGUACCAUCCUUGAACCCCCAGGCGAGACACAAGAUAACUCUAUUAUUUCUAGUAAAAUAGAAGCCAGAAAGCUUAAUCGGAAAUACAGUGAAACCCUUAGCCUUCAAAAUGACAGAAUUUCUUCAGAUUUGGAAUGCAGAGCAAAGAUAGUUGCUUCAAAUAGUCUUAUUAAUCCUACUACAGAAAACAAAAUUUGAGAGAAUUCAUCAAAUACUGACGAUGCUAACCCUAAGGAUAACAAUAUUGAGGAGGUAGAUGAGAAAUCAGAUAGUUCUAAUGACGCCGAUAAAUUCCUUAAAGCUGCGCAAGAAAAUGCGUCAUCUAAAGCCUCUGAUACCAAAGUUUAUACAAAACUAGCCACUGAAGUAUUAAAGAUACAAAAAGGAACCCUUGAUAUGGAAAACCUUAUGCCUAAAAAGACUGCAAAUACCCCAGGAAAAGAGUAUGAAAUCAAGAGAGGCUACUAUUCCAAGCUUGGAAUUGACAGACCAUCUAAUAGGCCCUCUGCUUUCAAAUUCUAUCCACCUAUCAAAAAGGUUAUUAAAGAGGAAGAAGAAAUUGGUAAAUUAAGAAAGUCUUCAUCAUCAGAACUUAAAACAGAUGCUCCUCUUGAAGAAAAGGAAGAAGAGGAAAAAUCUACCCAAAAUAAAAACACUACAGAGAGCCAAAAGAUUUAUGAAGAAGGAAAGAUUGAUGAUGGAAAAGCAAACAAAAGUAGCACUGCACAAAACAUUCUUGGAAAAUCUAAGAGAAAGAUUAAAGCAAGAGACAGGAAUAGAAAAUUAAGCAUGCUCGAUACUCCUAACCAAGUUCCUGUAGAGAGUUAUGAAACCAAAGAAAGCGGAAACUGGAGGAUUGACCUCCUUAAUACACCUAUCAUGGCUCGAUCAGGAGAUAGAAUUCGCCAAGAUUUGUUGAGUAAGUUGACUUACAAAUAAAAUCUGGUUGACUCCUUCAGAAAAGCCUGAUUCUCACCAAACUGUGUUUAUUUACGACUGGGACGAUACUCUCCUUUGUACAACCUUCCUUAACCCCACUGGGUUUUACGAUGAGGAUGUAGAAAUUCCUGAGAUAGCUAUUAAGCAUCUAGAAAAGCUUGAGAAAGCUGUCGAAAAGCUAAUCACAUCAUCCGUCAAACUAGGCAAAGUAUAUAUCGUCACCAAUGCUGCAGAAGGAUGGGUACAAUUUAGUAGCAAAAAGUAUAUGCCAAAGGUUUACAAAGCUCUUAAAAAUGUUGAAAUCAUCUCAGCACGAAGUCUUUAUGAGCAACAAUUCCCAGGCGACUCCUACGAAUGGAAGAUGCAGGCUUUUACCAAUAUUCAAAAAGCACUCGAGUCAUCAAUGAUUACGAAUAUAAUUGCAUGAGGUGACUCUCGUAUUGAGAUGGAGGCUGCUCGCCACAUCGCAAAGUUGUUUAAAACAGCAUUCAUUAAAACAGUUAAAUUUAAGGAAACACCAACACCAGAAGAAUUAAUAAAGCAAUUGAAUCUAGUGAUGCAAAAGCUUGAACAUAUAUCAAGCGCACCUAGGAAUCUAACUAUCAGACUUGAACGUAAAGGAAAAUAGUUCAUCAAUAUUUAAGUUCCAAAA